CACCAACACGCCAACCACUGAGAGGCAAGUCAAGACAUAUCGCGUCUGUUCAGAUCCUUAUACUGGCGCAAUGUCGGGUUGCAGCGCGUAGAAAUUACGAGGCGUGCACCCGAAGAAAUGAAUACGAGACGAGUCAUCGCUGUAGCUUGUUUCUGAGGUCAAUCGCCCAUGCGAACAUCAAGCAGCUCAGCAGGUGGGCGCCUUCUUGAUCGCAACAAGGGCCGCGACAAUGUCUCGCCGAAAAGUGCGACCUGCCAGCGGAUUGACGAUUCAGUCAGCUCAUCGCCCCCCGAUCGCUCCUCCAGCAGUCUCGAGAGGGCAAAAGAGCUGGAACGAAGCGGCAAACGUCUUUUCCUCUUCUCCAUAUCAUGCAUGGUACUACUUCCCUUUGGCCUACUAGGCGGUUGGGAGACGCUGUGGAUCAACUUGCGACCGCAUUUACUCGCCUAUCGCAGUGAGCAAUUUGCUACUGCACGCGGAGCAGACAGUCAAGAAGCAGCACCACCACACUGGCUCGACUUCCCUUUUUGCAUCGCAUAUUUCGUUCCGCUCUUGGCUCCUCUAAUCACUUACAUCGUCAUUGCGAGAUGGAGCGGAUACAAAGCUUUUAGACACGCUUAACGCAUGCGCUGAGCGACCCGAGGAGCUUCGCAGAG